GUUAAUGGAGAGGCAUAGAUGUCAAAGGAACAAUUUGGUUUUUUUGUGUGUGUCUGGUUUGUUUCACCACCACCUAUGGCUGCUUUGUUUUAGGUCCAUCUAGAAUGUCUCCGAAGUCUCAACAACCCAGUCGAGGAGCCAAGAACAUGUCUUCCCCAACCAACCGACCCAUGGAAGUCUCUGCUGCAUCUCCUACAGUGGGCCGUCUCUAUGCUUCUCGUUCACCGAAGACUGCCUCAACUGUUCUACUCUCUUCCCAAGAUCCCCCUGUGGGACCAACUAUCCCUAUUGUUCCUGCAUCACCGUCUGAGUCAAGGACUACCAAGGAAUCAAGUGCUUCCCCAUCUUCACCUAAAGUCCCAACAUCUAUCCCAGUAACUGCUGCUGAAGUUAAAGAGGUGCCUAGCUCUGCCACCAGAGAAGAUGGAAGGACCUCAGACUUGGUCAAACAGACUAGCAAAGGUCUCCAAAAUGAGCAGAAGAGAAAUCAGCUUGAGGAGUUGAGGAAGUUUGGAGCCCAGUUUAAGUUACAGCCCAGCUCUUCUCCAGAGGCCACCCAUGACCCCUUCCAGCCAAAGGAGUCUCUUGAAGGGAAAGGAAAAGACAAACUGCCAGAGGUGUUGGUUGGGGUAGGCAGCUCGUGUGAAGUGUCUGAAGAGUCUCCCAAGCCCAGCCUGGAUUUCUGUGAAGACAGCAGCAAGGAGGAGAAAGGAUCCUCUGAGGGCAUGGAAUGCCAGACCCAGACAGCCAGUCCUCUGGGUAAAGGGGAAGCAGAGGACAAGGAAAAUGGUCCUGUCUCAGAGCAGGUGAAGAAAUCAACAUUGAAUCCUAAUGCAAAAGAAUUCAACCCCUUAAAGACGCUUCUUUCUGUGAACAAAUCAACAAGUACGCCUACAUCACCGGGGCCACGCACCCAUUCUACACCCUCCAUCUCAGUGAUUACCCCAGGGCAAAGUGGCAUGUACAGCACACAAUAUAUUUCUUACAUCCCACAGAUUCACAUGAGCCCAACUGUGCAGGCACCUCAGAUGUACCCCUACCCUGUUUCCAAUUCUGUGCCUGGACAGCAGGGGAAAUACCGAGCUAAAGGGUCUCUACCUCCCCAGCGUUCAGACCAGCACCAGCCCAACUCAGCUCCUCCCAUUAUGCAAGCAGCAGCAGCUGCAGGGCCCCCUCUGGUAGCUGCUACUCCAUACUCUUCAUACAUCUACAAUCCCCAGCAGUUCACAGGACAGCCUGCUAUGAUGCAGCCCAUGGCCCACUAUUCCUCGCAGCCUGUGUUUGCCCCCAUGCUGCAGAAUAACCCCCGUAUGAUGACAUCUGGCAGUCACCCCCAAGCUAUUGUCUCAUCAUCUACUCCACAGUAUCCUCCAGCAGAACAACCUACGCCCCAAACUCUUUAUGCCACAGUGCAUCAGUCGUAUUCUCAUCAUGCCACACAGCUGCAUCCACAUCAGCCUCAACCAGCUACCACACCCACGGGCAACCAGCAGCAAACACAACAUGCUGCCCCCAGCCCUGUGCAGCACCAAGCUGGACAGUCCCCUCAUUUGGCCAGUGCUCAGCAGCAGAACCUGUACCACACAGCUACACUGACAGCUACGCCACCAUCCAUAACCCCGGGGCCCAGCGCUCAGUCUCCACAGAGCGGUUUCCCACAGCCAGCAGUUUAUGCCAUUCAUGCCCAUCAGCAGCUGCAGCACGGAUACACCAACAUGGCCCAUGUCACUCAGGCCCAUGUCCAGACUGGAAUUGCAGCUGCCCCACCACCUCACCCUGGAGCUCCCCAAGUCAUGUUACUGCAUCCCUCACAGACUCAUGGUGGACCCCCUCAAGGUGUGCCCCAGAGUGGUGUGCCCACCCUUUCCGCCUCCACACCAUCCCCCUACACAUACAUAGGGCACCACCAAGUUCAGUCUCAUCCCUCCCAGCAGCUUCCAUUCCACACCCCUGGGAAUUGAUGUCCAUGCUUCUCCCUGUGACCUGAGACCCCAGCCAGCUAUGGCUGUUGCUGAACCCCCCAAGCCUGGGCCAUCCCUUGUGCCCCUGAAGGGAUGCAGUCUGGCCCAGCCCCUCUUGGCAAGCACCUUCCUUUCAGUUGGUUUAGUGAAGCCUGCCCAGGGUAUUGUUGACCAGUGGGAUGGAGCAAGACCCCUUUCCAUUGCUCAGAGGAGGGCAGGGUUUAAUUUCUGUUAUUUAUAACUCCAUUGGGGUUCCUAGAGCAAAUGCCACUUUCCCACAUUAACUUGACAAGGACAUGACCAUAUGGACAAAUCUUGACUUUUUAUUAAGUUAAAAUAUUUAAAAAGUUAAAAUAAAAAUUUAAACUAACUAAUGUUGGGCUUGGGGUUGAAUGUGUGGGAGGGCCAGUUUGUAAGCAACAAUCCUUAAUUGUGGUUCUGCAGCAUCAGAGGAAAACUUUGUGACCUGUUCAGCAUACAUAGCUCAACCAGACUUGAAGAACUGUUUUGGAAUUCAGUGUUGUCUAGCAGCAUAAUUUUCCUCUCUGAAAAUAGAUCACCAAGGAUUAGUAGUUUGAGUGACAGUGAAACAGAUCCUAAAGCAGUACUUUUUAGUGCUGGGGUUAUCCUGUGAAUGCAGUUACACACCAAAUUAAAAUUUUAAUUGAUGCUUUUAUUGGAAUCAAUAACAAAUUAAAUUUAAGGACUUUGGGGAUUCAAUUUGGCCUCUGCAGGAGUCUUAGUUACAUUUUUUUUUCAGUUACAAAAAGGGAAAACAAGGAUGAUGGUGUGAUUGAGAUGUUAAAUCUAUUUCUAGAGACCAUUUUGAAUCACUUAAAAGUCCUGGUUUUAUGCCUCAGCUAGUCACCAUCAGAAUUAUUUUAAAACAAGCACAGGUUAAGUUGAGUGUUGUGGACCAUGAGCUUUUUGCUGCUCUUCAAUGAAAUUCAGUUUUCAUUUGUCAACCUG